CAUUUAAACAAAAAUUCUUUUCCGGUCUGGGCACUUUACACGAGCGGUUAACCGAUCCGUUAUAGCUUCUCGUAAUAGAGAAAAGGGUUGCUGGCAACAACUUACAAUGUACGCCUCGCUAAGUUUAAUUUCCCUUUUCGUGCUAGUGAACGCCCAGCUUGAAAUUCCGGAUUACAUUCACAUAUGUCAUCGAAGCGAUCCAAAUGUGGCCGACUGCAUUAAAUCAUCUGUUGAACUCUUACGGCCGCGUUUAAAGGAGGGUAUCCCAGAACUGAAUGUUCCCAGUUUGGAACCGUUUUAUGUUCCUGAUUAUGAUUUUGGAAAGGGGUCGUCCAGUUUAAAGAUCUUAUUGAAAAAUACUGUUGCUUAUGGCGCUUCCGAAUUUGAGAUUGUUAAACUUAAGGUAAAUGUACCAGAUUUAACAUUCGGUAUUCAAGUACUGAUUCCGUUAAUUAAACUGGAGGGCGAUUUUGAUAUAAAUGCCCAAAUUGUAAUACCGUUCAAAGGACAAGGGAGAUAUUCCAUUAACGCCAGCCGUGGUUUUGGCGACGCGAUAUUAUACGCCGAACCUAAAGAUGGAAAUGGUGAAUACCAUUUGCAUUUCCAACGUUUGGAGCUAAAAGUAAACGUUUCUGAGUUCCACAUCGCCCUGGCAAGUCCAAAUUUUAGCAAUUCUCUACUAAUUCAAACUGCAGAUAAUAUUGUCAACCAGCACAAAGAACUUUUCCUUGAAAUUCUAAUGCCUUUAAUGGAACGACAACUGUCAGUUAUUCUCCUUGACAUUGCCAACAAGAUUACGAAGAAUUUCAAAUAUGAAGAGGUGUUUCCUGAAUAGUCAGCGUCUACAACUGAACUGGAUGUUUUAAGUAAAUCAUUUUUAAGUGGAUUAUAUUGCAUCGUAAUUAAUGAUGUUCGGGUUUGGGUUUCUUUAAUAAACUACGAAAAUUA